AUGACAACGAAACGUAAAGUGGACUCGGUGGUUCCGGCGGAGGAGAGUGACCAGCUGGUGAUUCGGCCUCUGGGGGCGGGACAGGAAGUGGGACGAUCCUGCAUCAUCCUGGAGUUUAAAGGAAGGAAGAUCAUGUUGGACUGUGGGAUCCAUCCGGGUCUGGAGGGGAUGGACGCGCUGCCGUUCAUCGACCUGAUCGACCCGGCCGAGGUCGACCUGCUGCUCAUCAGCCACUUCCAUCUGGACCACUGUGGAGCUCUGCCCUGGUUCCUGCAGAAGACCAGCUUCAAAGGACGCACCUUCAUGACCCACGCCACCAAAGCCAUCUACCGCUGGCUGCUGUCUGACUACGUCAAAGUCAGUAACAUUGCGGCUGAUGACAUGCUGUACUCUGAGACCGACCUGGAGGCCAGUAUGGAGAAGAUCGAGACCAUCAACUUCCAUGAGGUCAAGGAGGUCGCCGGCAUCAAGUUCUGGUGUUACCACGCCGGACACGUCCUUGGCGCCGCCAUGUUCAUGAUCGAGAUCGCCGGCGUUAAGUUGUUGUACACAGGAGACUUCUCCCGUCAGGAGGAUCGACACCUGAUGGCAGCGGAGAUUCCAAGUGUUAAGCCGGACAUCCUCAUCACCGAGUCGACCUAUGGGACUCACAUCCAUGAGAAGAGAGAGGAGAGGGAGGCUCGCUUCUGUAACACCGUCCAUGACAUCGUCAACCGUGAAGGACGAUGUCUGAUCCCAGUGUUCGCUCUGGGACGAGCCCAGGAACUGCUGCUGAUCCUGGAUGAGUACUGGCAGAACCACCCGGAGCUCCACGACAUCCCCAUCUACUACGCCUCAUCUCUGGCUAAGAAGUGCAUGGCCGUCUACCAGACCUACAUCAACGCCAUGAACGACAAGAUCCGCAAGGCCAUCAACAUCAACAACCCCUUCGUCUUCAAGCACAUCAGCAACCUCAAGAGCAUGGACCACUUCGAUGACAUCGGGCCCAGCGUGGUGAUGGCGUCUCCUGGGAUGAUGCAGAGCGGUUUGUCCAGGGAACUGUUUGAGAGCUGGUGCACCGACAAGAGGAACGGAGUGAUUAUAGCAGGGUACUGUGUGGAGGGAACGCUGGCAAAGCACAUCAUGACAGAACCAGAUGAAAUCACCACCAUGUCUGGACAGAAGCUUCCUCUGAAGAUGUCGGUGGAUUACAUCUCCUUUUCCGCUCACACAGAUUAUCAGCAGACCAGCGAGUUCAUCAGAGCGCUCAAACCCCCGCACGUGAUCCUGGUCCACGGUGAGCAGAAUGAGAUGGCGCGUCUGAAGGCGGCGCUGAUCCGCGAGUAUGAGGACAACGACGACGUCCACAUCGAAGUGCACAACCCCAGGAACACCGAGGCCGUCACACUCAACUUCAGAGGAGAGAAACUGGCCAAGGUCAUGGGGUCUCUGGCAGACAGGAAGUGUGUUCAGGGACAGCGGGUCUCUGGGAUCCUGGUCAAACGGAACUUCAACUACCACAUCCUGACGCCGUCUGACCUCUCCGACUACACAGACCUGUCCAUGGGCAUGGUGACCCAGACCCAGGCCAUCCCCUACACCGGACCCAUCUCUCUGCUGGUCAGCCAACUCCGCAGCCUCGCAGGAGACGUGGAGCAGGUGGAAAAGACGGAGAAAAUCACCAUCAAGGUCUUUAAAAGCAUCACGCUGGUACAUGAGGCAGGGAUGGUGGUGCUGGAGUGGGUCGCCAACCCGCUCAACGACAUGUACGCAGACUUCAUCACCGUGGUGGUCCUGGAGCUCCAGUCCAACCCCAAUGCUCAGAAGUUCGUUGAAGGUCGGAGGGAAACGUGUGACAGUGAAGUGUUCGUGGAGCGCCUCAGUCUGAUGCUGCAUGACAUGUUCGGGGACGACUACGUAACUUCCACAGACGGUAAACAGCUGAGUGUGACGGUGGACGGAGUCACAGCACUGGUGGACACUGAAACCCGGUCGGUGUCGUGUCCAGAGGACGAGUCUCUGCGGGACAUGGUCGAAGUCGCCGUCCAUCGCCUCUAUGACGCCUUAAGCCCCGCCUUCUGACCACGCCCACCCCGCGAUGUCACAGUCAUGUGAUCUGGACUGUCGUGGACCGGUUCGACUUCUGUGAUUCUGCUGUUUUUGUAUCGUUUUGUAUAAAAAUCAUUUGUUCUUGAAGAAAAAAAUAAAAUCUGAUGUCGACUGAAACUGAUUUAAAAGAA